CCUCAUUUAUAGACGCAAUCUUCAAACAAACAAACAAACGUCUGUAACGCACGCGAGUUAUUAGGCUUUUAUUCUGAAACAGAGCGGCGCAUGUUGUUUACGUGUGCAACCGUUACACGGCCAGCCUCCGCUUACAGCUUCUGUAGAGCUGUGCAGGACAUUUCCGCAUGUUCAGCCAGUGUGUCAGAUUACAGAAGUUGUUUUGAGAAUGUGAUUAAAAGAAUCUACCGACAGACAAAAUCGAAGGCUUUCCUGCAGCCGGAGAAAGAAGCUGUUCUUCAAACAUGGGCAGCUUCAGUCUGGUGCAGAUGUGCAUCAGGAAAGUGGCUCUGCAUAUGGAUGUGCUGGAGAGUCAAGCUGGAGAUUUGCCCGCCUCACUUCUCCGAGACUUGAUGCCUCACCUGAACAUGUACUACCUGGACAGGAUUGAAAAAUCAGCUAAUCUGAAAGGAGUAUCAUGCUCAUCUGCUUGGGCAGCAAAAUGGAGGGAUCUGAAUCGCUCAUGGCGUUGGAAGUUAAAGUUUUUGCAGCCAGAGAAGGAAGACUGGAAGCAGAUGUGCUUGGAGAGCUAUUUUCACACAGUGCUGUUCAGAAGGUCGCAAGCACAAAGUGAUGACACAAGUGAUAGCGCAGCUCUCUCAUUGUCAGCCAAGUACGUGCGAGUUCUCUCACUCCUCAUGCUGCCUGAUGUGCACAGGUUAGCUUCAAAAGAAUUUCGGCCCAUCCUGGCAACUCUGGAGAAGGAAGUGAGGACGCUGAAGUUGCUUGACGCCAAAGUAUUGCUAAGCCACAGAGAGUCAGACGUCUUCUUUGUUCUACACCGUCUCCUCGACCAUGGUUGUGUCAAAAAGCUUGUUCUGAAGAGGACUCCGGAUGUGUCUGUCUUUAGAUGGAUUAUGUCCAGAUGUAAGGGCACUAGAUGCAUUGAUGUGGCUCCUGCACCAUCCAAACGCCUUCGGCUGCAUCCGGUCAUGGACGAGAUAGUAUACAGCAAGUUCUGUCCUCCAUGUAGUGACACUGGGACUUGUCCCAAUGGACAUAUUCACUCAGUGGACCUGGAGGUUUGUUCACUGACUGCAGUGUCCUACCUACUGCCUUCCUGGCUGAGUCUCCGCUCACUCAACCUGUGCACUACACAGCUUGUCCGAAAGGACGAAGUGGGCGACUUGCUGGAGUCUCUCCGAAAGCUUUUCCUGAACCCACACUGUUCCCUCAAAGACCUGAGCCUCGGUAACUUGUGUGUUCAGGGUCAUUUAGCCAGCUUGCUUAUUUCUUGCCCUGCCCUGGAGAGCCUCUCACUGGAAUUCACCCUGCGGUGGGGCUGUAGCACAACAUCCAGCAUGCAGUUCCCACCAAACAUGCAACUUACUCUUGAGAAACUCUCCUUGAAGGCAAUCGAGAACCAGACAACUGUAGAGUGUUUACCAGCUGUGCUUCAUCAUGCGCCAAAUCUCCGCAUCCUUCAAGUCACAGGAAUACGGCAGGCUCGCUCCCUACUGCUCACACUGCCGGAGUCCAAUCCAUUCCUGAAAGUACUAACCCUGGAAGACAUAAACCUGUCAGACUGUCACCGUGAGAUUAUUAAUUUAUUAGAGAACUGCGUUUUGGAUGAGCUUUCCUUGAUAGACUGUAGGCUGCUUGAGAGGUGCACAGAGAAAAAAAACUUCCUGGUUUCAUUUGUAGCAUCGGCAAAGGAACGUUUUUCUCUUCGCUCCCUGUCUCUAUCUCAGAAUCGGCUUGCUUCAAGUGUCAUUGAGGUUGCAAAUCUAUUUUUAAGAGAACAUCCUUGCAACAUAAUCAAAUUGGACCUCAGCUCAAACUUCAUCCUCCCCGCUGACCUCCUGGAGUUCAGCCGAAGGAUUGAGGUGUACCACCCUGUACAACGAUUCACACUGGACUUACGCUUUAACCCACUUAAUCGUGACCCUGAGGUCAAAGGCCAAGCCAUGCGGAUGCUCCUUCCUUUCUGUGAAGUUCUGACUGAUGAAUGGGAUUUUAGAUCAGCCAUGGUAGAUCAUGUUAGUGUGAUGUGAAGAGACUAUUAAUGCUAUAUAAGGUACAUGAAGUACUGGCUGGGGGACAGUGUUGAACCACUACUGUGCCUUUUCCAAACCCGGUGGCUUGAUAAUCAUGAAUGCUGAUGGUUUCAGAUUUAAUAGCUGACCACAAAACAAAAAAAUGUAAUGGAAAAUGUAAAUAUUGAAUUUUUAUAAGCUUUAUUUUUUUUUUUUUAAUUAAAACUUUGUUCUACUCUAUA